CUUAAAUAAAUGAAACCAUCCAGCCUCCCAAACGCUUUGGUAUCUCCUGACACAGAGAGGCAUGCUUUGGGUGCUUGCCAGCCGAUCAUGGAGGGGGCUCCAACAGCGUCAGAUGAGCAUGGCCUUUUGCUCCGCCGCCGCCGUCCUUUCCGACGGCAUCGAUCAGAGCUCCGAUGCCUUCGCUCGUAACUCCGCCGCCGUCCAGGACCUCAUCUCCCAACUCCAUUCCCACAUCCAUCAGGUUCUUAGUGGUGGAGGUCCCGAAGCUGUGAAGAGGAACAGAAGUCGGAACAAGCUCCUCCCGAGGGAGCGGAUUGAUCGUAUCAUCGAUCCUGGAUCGUCGUUUCUUGAGUUAUCUCAGCUUGCAGGUUACAACCUUUAUGAGGAACCAUUACCAUCUGGAGGGAUUAUAACUGGAAUAGGGCUUGUACAUGGACGCCUGUGUAUGUUUGUGGCCAAUGACCCCACUGUAAAGGGGGGCACAUAUUAUCCUAUCACUGUCAAGAAACAGCUGAGGGCACAAGAAAUUGCUGCUGAGUGCAAGUUGCCAUGCAUAUAUCUUGUUGACAGUGGUGGUGCUAAUCUUCCAAGACAGGCUGAAGUCUUUCCUGAUCGUGAUAAUUUUGGUAGAAUAUUUUACAACCAAGCAAAAAUGUCCGCUGAGGGUAUUCCUCAGAUUGCACUGGUUUUAGGCUCUUGUACUGCCGGGGGUGCUUAUAUACCUGCAAUGGCUGAUGAGAGCAUUAUGGUCAAAGGAAAUGGUACAAUAUUUCUAGCUGGUCCUCCCCUUGUGAAGGCUGCUACAGGAGAAGAGGUCUCUGCUGAGGAUUUGGGAGGAGCAUCCAUGCAUUGUAAGAUAUCAGGAGUUUCAGAUCACUUUGCAAAAGAUGAACUUCAUGGUCUGGCAAUUGGGAGAGAUGUCAUUAAGAACUUAUACAUGGCCGGGAAAGGGGCAAUUAGUUCAACCAGGUUUUCUUCUGAUUACAAAGAACCAGUAUAUGAUGUCAUGGACCUUCGUUCAAUUGCGCCAAGUGAUCAGAAGCAGCCCUUUGAUAUUCGAUCUGUAAUUGCUCGUAUUGUAGAUGGUAGUGAAUUUGAUGAAUUUAAAAAGUUAUAUGGCACUACACUUGUAACAGGUUUUGCAAGGAUUUAUGGACAACCAGUUGGAAUAAUAGGAAACAAUGGCAUAUUAUUUACCGAAUCUGCUUUGAAAGGGACUCACUUCAUUGAGUUGUGUGCACAACGUAACAUUCCUUUGAUCUUUCUUCAGAACAUCACAGGAUUUAUGGUUGGUUCAAAAUCUGAGGCAGGUGGUAUUGCCAAAGCUGGAGCAAAAAUGGUGAUGGCAGUUUCCUGUGCAAAGGUUCCGAAAAUAACUCUAAUUGUUGGUGGAAGUUUUGGUGCUGGGAAUUAUGGAAUGUGUGGGCGUGCAUACAGUCCCAAUUUCUUAUUUCUCUGGCCUACCGCCAAAAUAUCUGUGAUGGGAGGCAUACAGGCUGCUGGUGUACUCGCCCAAAUUGAAAGAAGCAACAAAAAAAGGCAAGGAGUUGAGUGGACAAAGGAGGAGGAAGAAAAAUUUACAAGCAGAGUUGUGGAAGCUUAUGAGAGAGAAGGAAGCCCUUACUACUCCACGGCAAGACUCUGGGAUGAUGGAAUCAUAGAUCCUGCGGACACUAGGAAAGUCCUAGGCCUGUGUCUUUCAGCUUCCAUCAAGCAUGUUCCAGAGGAAACCGAGUAUGGUGUCUUUAGAAUGUAAGCCAGUAUAUGAGAUAAACAAGAUAUCAUCCUUCCAUUUGUUUGUGUCUUGGGUAGCUGCCCGGAAACAUUGGACCAACUUUUGUAAACUAUUUGCAAUUUGAAAAUAAAGUUUCAUCUGUAAAUGUUGGGGUUGGGGGGGAGAGAUAUGCUCAUGAGUCAUGACAUUCUUUGUUUGUAUUGGUAAAUGCUGCUGACAAUUGUCUCCUUGUUCU